AUGCCUACUCCUCGGGAAACUGUCGUUGCCUUUUUGACACAGGCAUGCUGUGGGACCAUCGUGGCGCUUCACCGCAUGGGCGGUAUGGAGGUGAUGUUGUAUAAAGAGCAACUUGUUGUUAUGCUUACGAGGUACUUUAAUAGCUGCUGGAAUUCUCUCCUUAGCGGAGAUGAUCCGUAUGUUGUUGAGUCGUUUAAUAUGAUGAAACAUGAUAAUCCUGGGUGCGUUAUGAGGUAUCUCUUUUCCGUCGGGACGUCCGUACUUCCCGACGAACCCCCCCAGGAAAUAGCUCGCUAUUCUCCCGAAGACACUGACGACCUUGAAGCAGCGCGUGUGACAAUUUCUGAGACGCUGCAACAGCUUCUCGCUGAACGGAUAGCCGUCGAUCCAUUUCAACAUUCCUGUGAGGGUUUAUCAUUGAGUGCGGAGCGGACGGCGUGGAGUGAAAAAGGUUGUCCACCGCAAAAUUUCUUUGAAAUUUCGUGA